UUGGUAGCAAAGUAGCCCUAACAAAUUCUACCUUUAAUCAAUCAUUUGAUUCAAAUAACAAAUUAUUUUUUCUGCAAAAAUGAGUUCUUCCAACAAAAAUCCUCGUGGAAGAAAAUCUUCCAAUCAACAAAGUCGAAGCUCGACAGACUCACAUCCCAAACAACCAGCGAAGCAACCUCAACAAAGCUCCACUCAACCCCCAAAACAACCGGGAUUGUUUCAAAGAGUCGCCGAAACAGCGGCUGGCGUUGCAGUUGGAUCAACGAUCGGAAAUCUAUUUACCUCUGCCAUUUCUGGUCUCUUCGGCCGUUCAAGUUCGGAUUCAAAAACUACCCCAAGUUCUAGUUCUGACAGCUCGGAAAAGGUAUGCGAAAGAGAAAGAUUGAAUUUCGUUCAUUGUACAGAGAAAGAAAGUGACUUGACGAAAUGUGAGGAACUUCAGAAAGAAUACAAAGAGUGUCGGGUCAAGUACAAUCUUCCGUAGAAACGAAAUUUUCAGUGAUACGAUUUGGAUUGAAUAAAUUUUGGGAGUUUUUUUUUCACUAAA